AUGCAACGCAAGACGGACGACGAGAGCAUCAGCGCUCUAGCUAAGAAAGCUCUUCGUGCUGCUCCUAGAACUUCUCCUCGCCUUUCAGCAAACAUGUCUCAGGGUGAACAAUCAGCCAGAAGCACCCGCUACGCGCAGAGAGUUGCCCGACAGGAGAAGAGAGCCGCCAAGAACGAGUCGACAAACAACAAACAGGGAGAAGUAUUUGCUGAUGAAAACGCUGACAACGACGAUGACAAUGACAAGUCCAACGAGGGUCAUGGAUAUUCUGAUUAG